AUGGCACCUGCUUCUUUCGCUUCAGCAGCUGCAGGCAGUAACGCCGGCUCCGCACGCACAGAAUCGAGCGGCGACUGGGCUCGACGCACGAACGGUGCGACGCAAACAUUCCGCCGGCCCUCACACGCGACCACGCCGUCUGGGUCUGCCCCCGUCUCCGUCUCUCGCGAUGCUUCUGCCCCUGCACCUUCGACUGCGCCGUCGACAAGUUCUGGAGUGUACGUACCGCCACAUGCGCAACCGGGGCGCAAUGGAGGCUCUGUCGAAGGUCGCUAUUCGCGAGAUUCACUAGUGCAGCUCUUCCAGUCCCAGCGAGAAUCCGACGACAUCAAAGAAGACCUUUCGCAUCUGUACAUGGGUUCCUGGGAGCCCCACGCUACAAAUGGUGCUUCGGGCGCAUCUUGGGGGCGCAAGGACGACCACGGAAGGGAGGGCCAGAGCGGGGUUGACCAGUGCUGGGACAAGGACGGCAGCAUACAGCCUCUGCACCUGUCAGAACUGUCCGAGGAUGAACGAGAGGUCUUCUUAUCUUCCGUCAAUUCACCGCUCAAACCACCCACCCAGAAUGCGAACAAGGACGGCUCCUCCAAGGAAGGCUUAUCCUUGCGCAAGACCUCUAUAUCGCAAACCCCUGGAACACCAUACGGCCUCUCAUCGCCGACGGCCACCCGGCCUGGCAACCGUCGCCGCGACACGGGCGAGGCAUAUCCAUUCCCUGCGUCACCUGCAGCCUCUCGAUUUGCGCGCGAGGAGCCCAACACUGUCACCCCGCCAGCCUCCCUGAUACGCCGUCGAACAGACUACAAGGAGCCUGCCAUCGGCGAGGAAAGUGAGCAAGAGAAGGGUGCUGCUGAGAACGCUGGACCUUUUGCCAAUCUGAAGCGCACUACGACCGCACCAUUCAGUCCAGGCGGCUCUGCGCCAUGGGCUGCCGCGCAAGGAGGUGGGUUCUCGGGUCCUAUGGGUGCAUUUGGAAGCUUUGGCAUCUCCCAGCCCGAAAAGAAGCCUGGGUUAGGAAGUGUGAGAGGCGAAAGCAGGUUCAAGGGGCUGAUGGGCAAGGCCAGUGUCGAAGAUCUUGACAAGGCAUCGAAAGAGAAGGCAGCGCUCGGUAAUCUCGGCAGACACGAAGCAGAGUCUUCAAAGCCAAGUGCCUCCUGGAUGGAGGUGCGUUCCAACCGUCCCAUGAGCAGCGACACCGACCCCUACGUGGACGAAGACCGUCCCACUGGCUCGGCAGCGCUUCGAGGCGAGGACGUCAGCCCCCCUAGGCAUGGUUUUGGUGGGUUUGGCACACCACACCGCCCUGAAGGACGGGACGAUGGCGGUCUGGCUUCCUUUGGUAUGACGACGGACAAUACUGGUUUCCGUGACAUGUUCGGCAACUUUAGCCAACAGACACCUCACCGGGGAGGAGAGCGAGGUAACGAUCCUAUGAGCCCUACAGACACGAACCCCUAUCGGAGCCCUGAUCAGAACCGCGAAGAACGAGAGGAAGAUUCAGACGGAUCAGACGUUCCAAAUACGCAUUACCCAGGUAUGGGUAGUUUCCAAGUGGACCCAAAUAUGUCAGGCAUGCACCACACAUUUGGUGGGCUUGGGGGUCUUGGUCGAGUACCCGGCGCUUUUGAAGCCGGCGCUGGAGAUCGAAGCCAGACCUCCAGUGUUGGUCCUGGGCGCGGAUUCCCUACCCUACCAGGACUGGGAGGUUUACCUGGGUUGGGAGGCUCUUCAGCCUGGUCUGCUGGUCCACAAGCGAUGGGCACUCCCUCUCGCGAGCGUCCAUUCGGAUUUGACAGUGCUUUUGGCAACGUUGGCGAAGUCCAAUCACCAUCGCUUGCUGGACUCGGAAAUAGCUCAUUGUUCGGGGCGUCGUCAGGGCUUGGGCAUGGUUCUAUUGGCCGUGCUAGUAAGUUGGGAUCUCUUUUCCCAGCAUCGAUGCAAGAGCAAAUGCGAUCGAACGAACAUCAUGGUGACGACGGCUCUUCACACGGCGACCGCCAGCAAAGCAUGACUGGAGCAUUCGGCAGAUUUGGUGCACAGGCUCCCAAUCGCGACACUGACUCGCCGUUCCGUGCCAACCGCAAUUUGUUCGACGAUUUCUCAGGUGCAAGUGGCGAUGACCAUGGAGGUUUCGGCCAGACUCCCGGCGCUCAGUCUAACCUGGCGACUACUUCACUGUCCAUGGCUGCACUUAACCAAACCAGGACGGCCCAACCUUCCACACCAGGUCUUGGUAGCCCUGCCUCCAGUCAGCCUCCUCAACCCCAACAGCGUACCAUGGUAAUGCCUGAUCGCAUGAGGUGGAUUUAUCGCGACCCGUCAGGUAACACACAGGGUCCAUUCUCCGGUCUUGAGAUGCACGAUUGGUACAAGGCUGGAUUUUUCUCCCCUGAACUACUGGUUAAGAAGCAAGAGGAGCCGGACUACGAACCACUUGCUCAACUCAUUCGCCGCAUUGGCAACUCCCGCGAACCAUUCCUGGUCCCUCAGAUCGGAAUACCCCAUGGACCAGCCGCAUCCCAGCCAGGCAAUACUUGGGCCGGCGGUGCUGGUACCGCACCAGGUGCCCAACCACCAUUCGCGAACAGCUUCCCUAGCUUUGGCACCACUCUGACGGCGGAGCAACAGAAUGCGCUGGAGCGAAGGAAGCAAGAGGAGCAGUAUCUCAUGGCCCGGCAGAAAGAGCAUUUGGCAGCCCAGCAAUCAGUCAAUCUGAGGUCCGCGCAGCUGGGAGGCAUCAUACCAAACCAGCUUCAGCACCACUCUAGUGCUCAUAGCUUGCAGAGCCAGCCAAGCUUUGGUAGCAUCACAUCACCUGGAGGUUAUCAGCCAUCUCCUACUCAAGGACCCGGCGCAGCAGGCUCUGCUCUUAUGGAGAACGCAUUUAGGCCCGGCAUGGUCCCCGGGCUGGGUCCCAUCGGCGCCGGCGUAGAUAUGAUGGGUAACGAUGAAGUAUCUGGCCUCAUGGACCGUCUCAAUCUUGGGCGUGGAACACAGCCUGCAUUUGGCACGGCACCUGGAUCCUUCGCUCCGCAGCACCCAGAAGCCACCUCACACGCCCAGAAUGUCGUCGCCAUGCUCAAUGACCGUGCACGAUUGCAGCGUGAGCAGGCUGAACACGAUGCUCUACAGAGGCUUGGGAUGAACGAUCAGCAGGCGGCCCAAUCCUCUGCCGAUCGCCUGCAACAGUUUAACGACUUGCGUGUGCAGACAGACAUGGACCAAUCACGCGUCGCUCCUCCGCCAGAAGGUGUUAUCGGAAAGCCUUCUGCCCCGGCCACCCAGACGCAAGACCAACAGCUUGAUCCCGAGACACCCGAGAAUGGCGACACCCAGGAACAGGUAGCGGAACCAAGCGCUGAGAUGCUAGCCAACGCUCAAGAGCCUCUUUCUCUCACAGAGCAGGUCCAAAAGGCGCAGUCUGCCAAGCAUUCUCCCACACCUCAAUCAGCUUGGAAAGCAGUCGAGCCUGCCAUAUACCCAUUUCCGCCUCCACCUUCGCAGUCACCUCUUCCAGCACCAGCUGCGCAAAGGAAGGCUAUCGUUCCCGGGGACUUGCAUGCUGACUCUCGUGCUGCCACACCCUCAGCUGAUACACCAAGUGCGUCCGUGGCGCCGUGGGCAAAAGAGCCUGCUGAAGCUUCCAGGGGCCCCUCUCUCAGAGAAAUUCAAGAAGCAGAGGCCAAGAAAGCUGCCGAGCGCGAGGCUUCUGCUGCUGCUGCUCGCCGUGAAGCUUUCGAGAAAGAGCUUUUGGCCCAGGCACACUCUCCUGUCAUUCAACCCGGCUUACCCUCGAGCUCUACGUGGGCUAGUGGUACUGGUGCCUCUCCAUCGACCCCUGUUCCUGCUGUUGGUGCCUCCGCGUGGGCCAAGCCUGCUGCUGGUAAAGCUCCGGCCCAGCCCACUCCAGCAUCUAAGAAGACGCUUUCGCAGAUCCAGAAAGAGGAGGAAGCUCGCAAGAACCGUGCAGCGACUCAAGCAGCAUCGGUAGUCAGCCCGCUUGGUGCCGCUACAGCAGUUGCCGCAGCAGGGAAGCGCUAUGCCGAGUUGGCUAGCAAGCAGACCCCGGUUCUCCCUGCUGCUGCCAUGGCUGCUGGUGCUAGUCCUUGGACCACCGUCGGGGCAAGUGGCAAAGUCAAGACGCCAGGCGGUCCUGCUAGUCCGGCGCCUGCUGUCGUUCGCACGACUAGCUCAAAUGUUGUGCCAUCCAUCCUGAAGAAGCCGACUGUUGCACGCACUUCCACCCUCGCUGGCGCUUCAGGCAAAGCCAACGCUGAAGAAGAGUUCCGUAAAUGGGCUGUGAACGAGCUUCGCUCUGACCUUAACAAGGGCAUCAACGCCGAGGACUUUGUCUCUUCGCUCCUGAGCUUUCCUGCCGACGCUGAACUCAUCACCGAGUCUGUCCACUCCGCAAGCAACACUCUUGACUCUCGCCACUUUGCUGAAGAGUUCCUCCGUCGCCGCAAGCUCGCUGAUAAGGGUAUUAUCGAUGAUCGCAGUACAUCCAGUCCCGCCGAAAACAAGUCUGCAGGUGGCUGGUCUGAAGUUGCUAAAAAGGGAGGCGCAAAUACCCAGCAACAGCAACAACAGCAGCAGCAGCCCGCUCUCGAUUUCAAGGUCGUCCCGAGUAAGAAGAAGGGCAAGAGAUAG